AUGUCUCCAAAAUGCCCAGACAGACUGCUUUCAAAGACCCAAUGGGAGAAUCAGGACUAUGUGAAGAAGCUCAAUCUUAAUCAGAUUGGAGCAACUGUCCCAGCUACUGUUCCAGCCAUAGUCCCUGGAGCUUCAGCAUUCACAAGUGGAGCAUCAAGUGUUGCGGGAAGCGUUAACACACCUUUGCGACUUGCUGGUGCUACAGGUAAUCAAAUGAUGCAAGUUCCUUCUGGAAUGCAGCUCAUGCAGAUUCCAACUCAAGGUGGCGCCACUGUUACUGUCCCUUAUUCUAUGAAUGCUAACGGUGAGAUUGCGUUCGGUGGAAUGCAACUCAGCCGACAAGGCUUCAGUGGUGCUCAAGUGCGCCAAGGAUUCGAUGCAACUCAAGCUCGAACUCCGCAAGCUGUGAAAACUGGAUAUUUUGAUACGUCAAAUGUCUUUCACGUUGCUAUCAAGGGAAAGGAUGAGUAUGGCAAUGAUGUCUAUCUCAUUCCAUGUCCUGCUGGUACGACAAAUGUCAAACUUCAAGCUGACUGGCAUUAUGCUAGUGCAGAUGAAGAUUUGCCUGAUCUUGCUACUGAAGCAGAUCGAGGUCUGCAGUUUUUUCAAAGCCGUGGAAAGAAAAGAGAUCCAUGUGGGUUGUACGAUCAUGUCAUCAUGGACACUGGUUGUACAAACACCACCAUUUGUAAUGGUGAGCUUUUGCAUGGACUCCGUCAUGCUGAGAAAGAACUUGACAUGCACACUAACAUAGGCAGCAGAGUUCUCGACGAAGAAGGUUUUCUAGGAAGAUUUCCACCUCCAGUUUAUCAGGAUGAAGAUGGAAUUGCCAAUGUACUUGCUAUGCGCGAGAUGAUUGCUGCGGGAUACCGCAUUACUCUGGAUACUGAUGCUGACAAUGCUUUUAUUGUGCAUUGUGAUGGAAACCAAUGA